AUGGCUACAAGCUCUGUUGAUUCCUUAGGGAACACUCCCCAACCAUCGACCCAACCAUCGUCUCCCUCUACAGUUGCUUCCACCAAGAAAGGAAAUCCUUCCAAAAUGGAGGCGGAUGAGUCACUAGGUUCUGCCGUCGAGCACAUUGAUGUGGAAGAGGACGACGAGGAGGGUAUGGAUGUCAAGGCUAAGGCUUUGACCAAUUUGCUUAAGACAAGCUCUGUGUUUGUGGCAAUCAUGGCAGAUAAAAUGAAAGAACAACAAAGAAAACAGCAAGAAGAAACGAAGCGCAAACUUGCCAAACAAGUUGCAUCGUCAUCGAAGGACAAGCCGCUUCCUACAACGUCUGAGAAGAGAGCCACCAGAGGGGGGGGCAAGCCAUCUCACGCUAAACAGGUGCCAUCCACUGAUACCAGAUCCAGUAAUGGCAAGCAAACGAAGUUGCCGACAAGAAGUCAUCCGAAGAAAAACAGUAGUGGAAAUGUUAUCUCGAAUUACUUUAAGAAAGCCGAUGUACAGAUCUCAGAGGACAAUCCCACUAUCCAGGAAGCUUUAGAACAAGCAGCAGAUGAAUAUGAGGCGAAACCUACAGCAAUAGGAGAGCAGAAUCUGGUAGCUACUCAGCAACCCAAACUAGUAACGGGUGGCCAGAUGAGAGAAUACCAGUUAGAGGGCUUGGAAUGGCUGAAGUCCCUUUGGAUGAAUGGUCUUUGUGGGAUCCUGGCCGAUGAGAUGGGUCUCGGGAAAACGGUUCAAGCUAUCUCCUUGAUUGCAUUCUUUAAGGAACACAAUGUUUCAGGCCCCUUUUUGAUUGCAGCACCGCUUAGUACGGUAAGCAAUUGGGUAGCCGAAUUUGCACGCUGGACUCCAGAUAUUGAGACUGUGCUUUAUCAUGGUGGUAAGGAGGAACGUAGCGAGGUACGGGAUCAACGGAUGAAAUUGCAAGAUCAAAAAAAGGCGGAUUUCCCGGUUGUGAUCACGUCGUACGAGAUUUGCAUGAACGACCGCAAGUAUUUGGCGAAGUACCAGUGGAAAUAUAUCAUUGUUGACGAGGGUCAUCGAUUGAAAAAUCUGAAUUGUCGUUUAAUCAAGGAACUCCUCACAUACAACUCCGCGAACCGCCUUCUCAUUACAGGAACUCCGCUGCAAAACAAUAUUGCUGAACUAUGGUCCCUUCUUCAUUUUCUCCUGCCCGAAGUGUUUAACGACCUUGGCAGCUUUGAGAGUUGGUUUGAUUUCUCCUCCGUGCUAGAUAACAGGGGCCAAAAGUCCGUCAUUGAGCGGCGCAAACGGAACCUAGUCUCUACUAUGCACGCCAUCCUGAAGCCAUUUUUGCUACGACGAGUUAAGACAGACGUAGAAGCAUCUCUUCCCAAGAAGCGGGAAUAUGUGCUAUAUGCACCACUAACCCCAGAGCAGAAGAAUCUCUAUCUUGAAAUUAUGAACGGGUCAAGCAGGGCAUAUUUGGAAGGAAAGGCAGCUGAGAGGAUCAUUGCCAGAAAUGAUUCUGCGAAGACCUCAAGACCCCAAAGCCUAAAACGGAAAGCUUCCAGCAGCGGCUUCACCACCCCGAACAAGAGCUCGAAAUCAAGCCGUGAAACCACACCAGGAAGUUCUCUGGGUUCUGGUCGGCGCACAAGGGGUCGUCCAAGCUAUAAAGACGUUAGCGAUCGAGAGUUCAACGCUAGAUUGCGACGUCUCGAACAAGGACUUGAAUCGGAACCUGAGGAAUUGGAAGAAAGUGAAAGUGAACUAGAGAGAAUUGAGAGAGCCAAGACCGCUCAACUUGCCAAAAAGGAAAUUGCUUCAAAAAAGCUCCAGAACCCCGUGAUGCAGGCCAGAUUAGCCUGCAAUUCACCACACAACUUCUACUGGCCUUGGGAUGAUGACCCAUCGAGCGUUGACUCCUCCCUCAUAACUUCGUCGGGAAAGAUGCUCCUCAUUGACCGCCUGAUACCCUGCUUAAUGUCCAAAAACCACAAAAUCCUUAUAUUCUCCCAAUUUAAAACCCAACUCGACAUACUACAGGACUACGCAGUGUACCUCCGUGGAUGGAACUGUUGCCGCAUCGACGGCGCUGUCAGCCAGGCCGACCGCCAAGCUCAAAUCGCUGCCUUCAAUACAGACCCGAACUAUAGAAUAUUCCUCCUCAGCACCCGUGCUGGUGGCCAGGGCAUAAACCUGACAGCUGCGGACACUGUCAUCCUCUUCGACUCGGACUGGAAUCCGCAACAAGAUCUUCAGGCGCAAGAUCGCGCUCACCGCAUCGGCCAGACGAAACCCGUAAUAGUCUACCGUCUCGCCACGAGGGGUACUGUGGAACAAACACUUCUCGAAAAAGCAGAUUCCAAGCGUAAGUUGGAAAAGCUAGUUAUUCAAAAGGGGAAGUUUAAAAGCUUGCUGGAACCUGGUGCUGCGGGGUCGUCCACAGUCUCUGAAGCGGAAGAGUUACGAAAAGUUCUCAGGGACUCUGGCUUCGAAGUCUUGGAUGUUGGUAGUGGUGUGGGGUCGACGCCGGAAUCUCUGCUGUCACAGCGGGAUUUGGAUGUCUUGACUGACCGAAGUGAUGAGGCGUAUGAGAGAGCUGAGAAGGGGUUGGAUAAGGGUGGUAGCAGUUUCUUUGCUGUGGAGCCUAAGAAGGAGGCAGACGCCAUGAUUGCUGAGAUUUCUACUAAAUAG